AUGGCCCGGGCAGUGUGGUCGCGCCUCGGCCGCAUCCUAUGGCUCUCCUGCCUCCUGCCCUGGGCCCCGGCAGGGGUGGCCGCAGGCUUGUAUGAACUCAAUCUCACCACCGAUAGCCCUGCCACCACGGGAGCGGAGGUGACUAUCUCGGCCAGCCUGGUGGCCAAGGACAACAGCAGCCUGGCCCUGCCUGCCGACACCCACCUCUACCGCUUCCACUGGAUCCACACCCCGCUGGUGCUCACUGGCAAGACGGAGAAGGGUCUCAGCUCCACCAUCCAUGUGGUCGGCCAUGUGCCUGGGGACUUCCCAGUCUCCGUCUGGGUCACUGCUGCUGACUGCUGGAUGUGCCAGCCCGUGGCCAGGGGCUUCGUGGUCCUCCCCAUCACAGAGUUCCUCGUUGGGGACCUCGUUGUCACCCAGAACACCUCCUUGCCCUGGCCCAGCUCCUAUCUCACUAAGACCGUCCUGAAAGUCUCCUUCCUUCUCCACGACCCGAGCAACUUCCUCAAGACCGCCGUGUUUCUCUACAGCUGGGACUUUGGGGACGGGACCCAGAUGGUGACUGAAGACUCCGUGGUCUAUUAUAACUAUUCCAUCAUCGGGACCUUCACCGUGAAGCUCAAAGUGGUGGCAGAGUGGGAAGAGGUGAAGCCGGAUGCCACGAAGGGUGUGAUGCAGAAGACCGGGGACUUCUCCGCCUCGCUGAAGCUGCAGGACACCCUUCGAGGCAUCCAAGUCUUGGGGCCUACCCUAAUUCAGACCUUCCAAAAGAUGACCGUGACCUUGAACUUCCUGGGGAGCCCUCCUCUGACCGUGUGCUGGCGUCUCAAGCCUGAGUGCCUCCCGCUGGAGGAAGGGGAGUGCCACCCUGUGUCCGUAGCCAGCACAGCGUACAACCUGACCCACACCUUCAGGGACCCUGGGGACUACUGUUUCAGCAUCCGGGCCGAGAAUGUCAUCAGCAAGACGCAUCAGUACCACAGGAUCCAGGUGUGGCCCUCCAGAAUCCAGCCGGCUGUCUUUGCUUUCCCAUGUGCUACACUUAUCACUGUGAUGUUGGCCUUCAUCAUGUACAUGACCCUGCGGAAUGCCACUCAGCAAAAGGAUAUGGUGGAGGUGGCUGAUUUUGACUUUUCCCCCAUGUCUGACAAGAACCCGGAGCCACCCUCUGGGGAGUGCUGCUGCCAGAUGUGCUGUGGGCCCUUCUUGCUGGAGACUCCAUCUGAGUACCUGGAAAUUGUUCGCGAGAACCAUGGGCUGCUCCCACCCCUCUAUAAGUCUGUCAAAACUUACACUGUGUGA